AUGAUGUCACCAGAGGAUAGCAGCACCCUGGAGGUCUUAUUGUAUGGCAUCCUCCAUGGUGACAAGGGGGAGGGGUCUGUGAACCAAGGGAGCAGCCGGUCAGGAGAGGUGAAUUCCACAGCCAGUGUAAGCCCCAGCUAACCUGAUCCAAUUAUCUUUGUCUGUAGCCUGGUCCCAGACGCUUCUGACGGCCGUACAUGCAUGUCAUGACGACAAUAGUCAGAAGAGUUGGCUAAAACCCGUACAGUACUGUAAAAGGGGACUAUAAAAUAGCAUAUGCCCCAGCUUUGUGAGUGAUCAAAUAUUUUUUAUUAACAUUCCUAAACAGGCAUUGUAUCUGAAUCUGUAUCAUUCUUGACCAAAUAUCUUUACAUUUUGAUAGUAUUUUUCACAACCUAGUCGUGUGAGACCAGUCUCAAUGCUGGCCCAGGGGCCCUACACUCCAUUUGUAUUCUAUGGGUUUUUAUGAAUAGACCAUGAUUUGCAAGCUUCCCAUAAAGAGAAGCUUUGCUCCUUUUUUGCACUGCUCCAGUAGCGAGUGUCUGAAUACUGUUCCCGGGAUAGACUACAUAAUUAACAUGCAUGAUUCAGCUAACGGGCUUCAAUUUGUGCAUUAGACCACAACCACUAUGUACACAAAGUAAGCAGAAGCAGGAUAUCCAUGACCCUGUUCUGAUUUGUCUUAUUUGAAGGAAGGAAUAGUGAUUGCAGGAAAACCAGGAAAUGUGGCUCUAUUUUUUAUACAGAGUGGCCCCCAAGACCCCCUGAAAUGUCUCUUCAUGGCCUUGUUCAAUUACCAAAGUUAGUCAUUGAUCUGACAUGAGUCAGCUUACACCUCUCCAGUCAUGUCAAGUCAGUGAUUACCUCAAGUAAGAGAGGAAGGAGGGAUGCAUUUGUAAAGUAUUGGAACGGAGCCCUUGUGCCCCAGAAUGACCUUUCUAUUUUUGCGUUGCAGUCUCUAGCUACAGGCAUAGCAGAGGAGCCAUUGGUGUGUGCCAGCUGCGGGGGGCGUGUUUGCGACCGCUUUGUCCUAUUGGCUGCCGGGCGGGCGUGGCACGCGGCGUGUCUCCGCUGUAGCCAAUGCCAGUGUGAGCUCCAGACGCACCUCACUCUCUACUGCCGUGACGGCAGCAUCUACUGCCAGCAGGACUACUGCAGGUGACUACAGUCUUCACCCACUUUACAUACCUCUGCUCUGGUUGCUUUGAUUCUGCCUCUACCUACUUAUCUGCACCAGACUACCCAUUUGGUUGUUUUGGUCCCGUCUUCAUUUUCUUGUGCAGGACUACUCUGUAGGUUACUUUCAAUCUUCUAUAUGUACACUUUUCUCUUCCGUCAAAGGUGAUUUCCUUAAGUGGAGCAUGUUAAGGCCUCUUAUUGUUCAAGAAUAAUGAGUGCUAACAGAAAUCUUAUUUCUCUACCUGGCCAGGUUAUUCAGUGUGGGACGAUGUUCCCGCUGCUCCCAGCCAAUGCCGUCAUCAGCAAUAGUCAUGAGGUCUGGUGAUCUGACCUUUCACCCCGAAUGCUUUUCCUGCCAGGUUAGCUAUUUUGGAUCUAUAAUUAGCACAUACACAGUUUAUUAGGUACACAAUCCUGUUUCUGAAAAUGGAGUGGCUGUGCAGUGGCUGUGGCUUGCUAUAUAAAGCAUGCAGACAGGCAUCGAGGCAUUCAGUUACUGUUUGAUUGAACUUGGGCAAAACGAGUGAACUAAGUGACUUUGAGCGUGGUAUGAUCGUCGGUCCCAGUAUCUCAGACACGGCCGGCCUCCUGGGCUUUUCACGCACGCCAGUGUCUAGGGUUUAUCGAGAAUGGUGCGACAAACAAGAAACAUCCAGUCUGUGGCAGUCCUGUGAGCGAAAACAGUGGGCGACAAACAGGCAAAUAACAGUGCAGUACAACAGUGGUGGGCACGCGAUCACCAACAAUUGAGGAGUGGAAAAACAUUGCCUGGUCCGACAAAUCCAAGUUUCUGUUGUGGCAGAGUCGGGAUUUGGCGAAAACGGCAUGAGUCCAUUAUAAUAAUAAUAAUAUGCCAUUUAGCAGACGCUUUUAUCCAAAGCGACUUACAGUCAUGCGUGCAUACAUUUUUGUGUAUGGGUGGUCCCGGGGAUUGAACCCACUACCUUGGCGUUACAAGCGCCGUGCUCUACCAGCUGAGCUACAGAGGACCACAUGGCCCCAUCCUGCCUGGUGUCAAUGAUACAGGCUAGUGGCGGUGGUGUAAUGGUGUGGGGAAUGUUUUCUUGGCACACGUUAGGUCCAUUGAUACCAAUUGAGCAACGUUUGAACGCCACACCUUGUAAAAUCCAUGCCCCGAAGAAUUCAGGCUUUUCUGGAGGGGGGGUUUGACCCGGUACUAAAUCAAAUCAAAUUUGAAUUGUCACAUGCUUUGUGAACAACAGGUGUAAACUAACAAUGAAAUGCUUUCUUAUGGGCCUUCCCAACAAUGCAGAAUACAAUACAAAUAAUAAUAGAAAAACGUACUAACACAAGGAAUAAAUACACAAUGAUAACGUGGCUAUAUAGAUGGGUGUACCUAAUAAACUGGCCACUGAGUGUACAGUAUCUGCCCAAUUCUACUUUGACCACUAACCCCUACCCUACCUCAUUUUACAUUUUAGUCAUUUAGCAGACGUUCUUAUCCAGAGCGACUUACAGUUAGUGAGUGCAUACAUUUUCAUACUGGCCCCCCGUGGGAAACGAACCUACAACCCUGGCGUUGCAAGCGCCAUGCUCUACCAACUGAGCUACAGGGGACUACCUCCUAGGCACUUCUUUAGAGCUGAGUGUAAGCAAUAUGGCAACUCCAUUUUUUAAACUCGAGACCCAAAUUAGAAUUUACCUUCCACCCGUGACCCAAAUUGUCCUCCAAUGACCCAAAUUAAGAAGAAAUACUGUGAGAUUAUUGAUGUGUUCUCAUAACUUGCGAUCCACCUCUCACAAGCCUAGGGCCCACUUUGGGUCCCCACCUAUAGGCUAGGGCAGGGUUUCUUAAACUUUCAGAGUAUAAGGUGGAACAAUUACCCCUACCAUAAGGCAGUGGCAAGGAUUCUUGUUUAUUAAUCAAAGCUGUGGUAAUGGUGAUGUGAUUAUUUUUUUAAACUUUUAAACGCUCUGACAAAGGCCAAGACACGUAAGCUUGAAUAAACAAAGUAUACUUUAAUAGGAACAUAGGCUGUUGAAGUCACUCUCUCCAAGCUCAGUUGCAAUUAUAUCAAUGGAGCUAAUUCUAUAUUUCAUAGGAGUGUGAUGUCACCUUGAUGCCUGGAAACCUAUACUACCAACAGGGACAGAGCCUGUACUGUCAAUCACAUAACCAUGACGACUGUAGUGCUCCACCCUCUCACAAGCUCCACCUCAAGCAGAGAGAAGGUGAGUUAUUCAUAGAUGAUAUCCAUGUUUACAAAUCGACUACUGUAUGUAUAUUGACAGUCUGCUACAUCAGCCUUCCUUGAUACAGGAGAAGGGGAGGAAUCUGUCAGCAGCCCUGAGCCACGACUUGAGGAUGGCGUUCCAGGUGGCCGGGGCCGCAGGCGAACCAAGCGAAUCAGAACAUGUUUCCGUAGCGAGCAGUUGAGAGCCAUGGAGUCCUAUUUCGCCCUGAAGCACAACCCUGAUGGCAAGGAUUGGAGCUGUCUGUCUCAGAGGACCGGUCUGCCCAAGAGAGUGCUUCAGGUUUGAGACAUAGAACAUAGGAUUUGAACGGUGAUUUUUUUUUUGACUGGAAUAGUGAUCCAGAAAAAUAAUACAAAUCCGUGUAGGAUUAUUCAUAAAAACGGUCAUGCUCAUGCUUAAAACAUUAGUUGUUUCUCAUUAUCUCUCACAAACACAUACUCAGGUGUGGUUCCAGAACGCAAGGGCCAAGCUCAGGCGCUCCCUCUCAGCUGACGAGUCGCAGAGCAACUCACCCGCCCCCCAGAGGUUUGAUGCCAUGGCAACGCCCUCCCCGUCCCCAGUGGCCUCCUCCCACCAUUCCCAGUCCUUCCAGACCAGCACCAUCAACCAACUGGAGCUCUCUCUGCUCAUCGCCCCUCUCAGUGACCCAGCCCAAAGCCCCACCAACCAAUCAACAGGCUUUAAAGACUGUCUUCCUGGACUACAAUUCCCAGGGUGCACCAAGGCUCUCCCCUUUGAUUACCUAUGA